AUUUCUUCCUGUUUUCGUCAAAACAAGGACAGAGAGGGAAGCCAUCAGGUUUUGAGCAGCAGCAGCAAUCUGUUCGCAUCCUUAACACAGGACUGACAAAUCAACGUCGCUUAAAAAUAAACAACCGAGUGACUAAGAUGCCUCCUUCUAGUCUGCACACUUACUGCGGGUAAGGAGUGAACGACAAUGAACUGAUCAAAUACCAACCAUGGGACAGGCACAGCAAACGGAGAACGCCGAAGAAAUCGACAUAAAAGCACUUCAGGAUAUGUACAAAAAGUUUGUCACGGAGUGCCCGAGCGGACGACUUUUUCUGCACGAGUUCAAGCGUUUCUUUGGCGUGGACCCCACAGGUGAAGCUUCAGAUUACGCGGAGAACAUGUUUCGAGCCUUUGACAAAAACGGGGACAAUACGAUAGAUUUCCUUGAGUUUGUGGCGGCACUGAACCUCGUCUUUCGGGGCGACACGGAGCACAAGCUGCGCUGGUCAUUCAAGGUGUACGACAAAGACAGCAACGGCUUUGUGGACAGGGACGAGCUGCGGUCCAUAAUCGAUAGUAUUCAUCGUGCGACGAAAGGCAACAAGAAAGACAGCAACGAGCCCCAUAUGACGGUGGACGAUGCUGUGAAUCGAAUAAUGCAGGCAGUCGAUACUGAUGGCGAUGGCUGCAUUAAUAUGGAAGAGUUCAUCAGAGGGGCAAAGCAGGACCCCUGGGUGCUCAACAUGCUGAAAGUGGACAUAAAACCUUCCCAGUGGAUUCUGGAUCAAAGGAGAGAGAGCGCUCACUUCUGAAAAUGGUACACAUCAUAGGCCUUUACCUCAAUAAAAACCCAUUUAGUGCUUAAAGUGCCCUGGCAUGUUACUGUAGUUGUACAGUUUGUUUUUAUUCAUACAGUCAUACAAACAUGUCAUUUAUGCAUUACCUCACUGGAUUUAAAGUAAAAUAACCAACAUUUGUCUGAAGUGUAGCAAACACACGGCCUUUAAGAAAGUACAACUAGAAUGCAUACAUUUUCAGAGGCUAAAAAAUAUCGGAACUUUUGGGAUAAUUGUUGAUUAAUACCCUAAUCUUAACACCGGUUCGCUCCUUUGCAGCGAACCAGUGCCAGAAGUCUGGUACGGAGGGUCAAAUGGGAAAUAAGUAAAUACAUUUUCAAAGAAUUACUAAAAUGUGUAAUUUAAUUGAUUAUACCUUAUUUUUCGGAGUAUAAGUCGCACCUGCCGAAAAUGCAUAAUAAAAAAGGAAAAAAACAUAUGAAAAUCGCAAACUAUGAAAAAAACUGCGCCUUAUAGUCCGAAAAAUACGGUAAUUGAAAUUUAAUACAUUAAAUGUUUAUCGGAUAUCAGCGCGAUAUCAGCAAAAACACCAGUAUCAGACGAUAUGGGCUUGCAUCUAAAAUCAUCGAUACAAGCAGUCCUGCAAAGCUAGAUAGCCAGUUAACAUCUAAAUGUCCUUCGUUAAUUACACAAAGUCGUUUUUUUCGUCUGUUUCAGUCAAGUCAUUUACAAAAGGUAAACAUGGAGCUCGCAGCUACAAAACAGCCAAGCACACAAUAGCACGCAAGCUAGACAUACGUAACAACAAGUGUCCUUAAUUGAACAGUAUUUCAGUCUAAAACAGCACAUUUGUCGAUGUAAACAUGUAUCAAAUAAUUAUAGGCGCAAAUUACUUACAUAUACAAAUUCUCUAAUGCAGAAACGUAUUACAAAGUAUGCAGUAACAAACGUGUCCGCAUUAACUUACUGUGUCAUGAGCUUGACUUAGUUAUUAAUUAACUAUUGUGGCCACUAGCCACUAUUGUGACUUCCAUAGCUACCAUUGUUUUCUGUCUGAAAAAUGUCACUUAAUAGAGCCUUUUUUAAGAUUCCACACUACAAAAUAAUGAAAAUAUGGUCCAUGAGUCGUGAUGGCAUUGUAUCCGCUUAAUAUUGGUAUAGGCCAAUACGCAAGGCUCCAAUAUCGAAAGUGAAAAAGAUGUAUCGGGACACCCCUAGUAAUAACCGAUGAAUUACUCGUUACUUGAAAACAAAAACGGCGUUAUUCUAUACAGUAUCAAGUUAUUUAUGCAAUAACUACGUGUUGCUGUGUAAUAAAACUGUUACAACAAUGCAAUAAUAUUAUUUGUAUUUAAUGUAUUGUAUGCAUUGGUUUUUUUUUGCCUUUUUGAUACAUGAAUGUUUAUUUUACUAUAUUUUUUCCCCAUUGUUCACUCCUACUUUAUACUGUAUCACUGUGUGAUAAUGUUAUGUUGCAAAACAAAUAAAGA